ACACACACACAGAAUACAGCGAUCCACACACACACACACACACACACACAACACAGCGAUCCACACACACACACACACACACACAACACAGCGAUCCACACACACACACACACAACACAGCGAUCCACACACACAGAACACAGCGAUCCACACACACACACAGAACACAGCGAUCCACACACACACAGAACACAGCGACCCACACACACACAACACACACACAACACAGCGAUCCACACACACAACACAGCGAUCCACACACACACACACACACAACACAGCGAUCCACACACACACACACACACAACACAGCGAUCCACACACACAUAACACAGCGAUCCACACACAGACACACAGAGAACACAGCGAUCCACACACACACACACACACACACACACACACACACAGAGAACACAGCGAUCCACACACAGGCACAGAGUGGGCAGCGCGUUUAUAAUCAUAAUCAUACUCAUAACCCUAAUUGGUGUUUUUAUUUUCGAUAAGGAUGUCGGGUCGCUCUGCUUGUCUGAUAUUAAUCCUCGUGUUUCUUCAAUCAGGUUCCUCCAAUACCAAGAUUGAGAUCUGGAGGUCUGGCCGAAUCGAGCCGGGCGAACGUCUCCGGCUCAGCUGCUCUUUUUCGGGUCAGGACCAGAUAGCGCAGAUAAACUGGGUCCGAGUCAGGGGCUCCAACGCCACGGUGCUCGCGGUUUACCACCCGGUCUUCGGGAGCUCCGUCUCCGGCGAUGACAGCAGCGUGUCGCUGCAGGAGGACUCAGAGUCGCAGGUUACGCUCACAAUCAGAGGGCCGGACCGAGACCAGAACCAGACCGUGUUGUACUGCUGCCGGUUCAUUACAUUCCCGUCCGGCACGCUGGAGGGCUGCAUCAGCGCCGAGGCACCCGAGGAGCCAUCCACCGAUGCGCUGAGCGCUCAGCACUGGUCGAACUGGAUCCUGAUCGGAACCGGAGCUGUGCUCGCCGGCUGUCUGCUCACAGUGACCGUGGCGGCGCUCAGGAGAAGCCGGGUUUACAGGAAAGGCUUAUUCGAGGUGGAGCAAUCCUUCAUCACGGACAGCGAGGAAUCCGAGCCGCUCCCAGAAGUGCCAGCCUCGGAGCAGCCGGACAGCGCGGGUUCGAAGGUUUACAUCAUGAUCAACGCGGAUUACUACCGCUUCCAAGCAGAGCGCGGGGGGGCCGGUCUCGACCAUCAGUACGACAACCGCAUAGCGCCCCCUAGCGGCGAACAGAUGAACCGCAGGAUAUAUUAUCUGCUGGGGGAGAAAGUGCUCGGGAAGACCAUCACGAAACUGCUGGAGCAAUGACUGCUGGAAGCGAGUUACAGCGCCCCCUGCAGGUGAACCUGAAGAACCGCAACAUGUAUUGAACGAAACUUAAACAAACUGGACAGUGAAGCGGGUCUGAGUUGUGAUCGGGAUCCAGCAGGGGGGGCAGGGUGUGGGACCGCCCCUGGUUCUGAGGAAGGCUUUUGAGCACAGAGAUGGCUGAUCUUUGGAAGAAUUUAUUUAUCAAAACAGAGAUCCUGGGACACAGCGGGUUGGAAGUGAAGAUUUCAAUGGGCACGUUUUUGAAAGGGCCUGCGUGCAAUUCUCUCUCUCUCUCUCUCUUUUAUUUUUAUAAUGUAGCUUAAGUAGCGGAACCCUUCCUUUUGUAUAUUUCUAUAUCUGAAUGCUUCUUUUUUGGAGUUAAUUAUUUUUUUAACAUUCAAGUGAAUGGAAUAAAAUAGUUUUUUCUUGA